AUGAGAUGGAGUGUGUGGCAGGGAUGUGCGCUUUGGCACAACUGGUGGCCCCUCUUGACUGCCUUCAUGUAUGUGCUGGUGCCCAUGCCGUACCUCUUCUUUGGUGCGAGCUCGGAGUCAUCUUCAGCAUAUGGGGACAGCAGUCUGGCGAGCGGGUGGAUUGAUGCGGGCAAAUUCUUGACUGGCUUCUCUGCAGUGGGCUCUGUAGCGAUUCCUGCAAUCCUUUUCCAUGCAGAGAAGAUCACUGGUGGCGCUCUGGCCACAGAGCUUGCUGCAGUUCUUGUACUGGCAGGGACAGCCUUUGCAUUCGACUACCUCAGCAAUGAGGAUGCCAGCUACUACUGA